AUGUUGCGCUCGCUGUCCAAGCGCGAGCAGCCGGAGUCGCGCGUCGUGUUCGUCGACCCGCUCGACGCGAACGCGGCGUUCAAGUACAAGGGCAACUCGAUCUGCACGGGCAAGUACAACCUCUUCACGUUCCUGCCCAAGGCGCUGUACGAGCAGUUCCGCCGGGUGGCGAACAUUUACUUCCUCUCCGUCGCGAUCAUCUCGCUGUUCCCCGCCAUCUCGCCGAUCGAGCCGUACACGAUAUGGACGCCGCUCAUCUUAGUCGUCGGGCUCUCCAUGGCGAAAGAGGCGGUGGAAGAUUAUAAAAGGCAUAAGCAGGACAAGGAGCAAAACACGACGCUCACGGAACGGUUCAACGGGACGUCCAUGACGCAGUGCGAGUGGCGCGAGGUGCGAAGCGGCGACCUCGUCAGGGUCGUGAGAGACCAGGCGUUCCCGUGCGACCUCGUCCUCCUCGCGUCCAACCUGGACGACCGCGUGUGCUACGUGGAGACGAAGAACUUGGACGGGGAGACGAAUUUAAAACUCAAACGCGGCGUGGAAGGGAUGGGCAAGGUGGUCGACGGCGGGAACGCGAUCCUAGCCGCGAUGAGCUCGAACAAGGCGUGCCACGUCGAGUGCGAGCACGCGAACAACUCGCUGUACACGUUCACCGGGAACUUAGACGCGACGAGGGAGAAAAUCUCUCUGCAGCCCGUCAACGUGCUGUUGCGCGGGAGCUCGCUGCGGAACACGGAGUACGUCAUCGGGAUCGCGAUAUACACCGGGCACGACACCAAGGUGAUGAUGAACUCGUCCGCGGCGCCGUCGAAGCGCAGCACCGUGGAGCGCGGGAUGGACCAGAUCGUCCUCGCCAUGCUCGCGUUGCUCGUGAUCAUAUGCACCGUCACCGCCGUCGUGUGCGGGCUGUGGAUCAAAGACGAGUCCCUGGAUCACUGGUACAUGAACACGGUGGUCGCGGACAUGGUGUUCGACCCGAGCGACUCCACGACCGUGGGGUUAGUGGCGUUUUUGACGUCGUACGUGUUGUACGGGUACUUGAUUCCGAUUUCUCUGUACGUGUCGCUGGAAUUCGUCAAGGUGUGCCAGGCGAUGAUCUUCCUGAACAACGACAAGCGGAUGUACCACGCGGAGACGGACACCCCGAUGCGCGCGCGGACGUCGAACCUGAACGAGGAGCUCGGGAUGGUGAACACGGUUUUGUCGGACAAAACCGGGACGCUGACGUGUAACUCGAUGGAGUUUUUCAAGUGCUCCGUCGCGGGCGUGUCGUACGGCGAGGGCGUCACGGAGAUCGAGCGGAACAUCGCGCAGAGGCAAGGGAGGAUCCUGAGCGCGCCCUCGAGCGCGAAAGCGAUCGAGCCGGGGUUCAACUUCAAGGACAAGAGGAUCGACAACGGCGCGUGGAUGGGUUUACCGAACGACGGCGACAUUCGCGAGUUUUUCCGCUGCCUCGCCGUGUGCCACACGGUCAUCCCGGAGGGUGAGCCGAACCCGGACACGAUCUCGUACCAGGCCGAGUCCCCGGACGAGGCCGCGUUCGUCGUCGCCGCGAAGCGGUUCGGCUUUUUCUUCAAGACGAGGAACACCUCGGGCGUGGACGUCGAGGAGCCGAGCGGCAAAGGCGGCGGCGUCCGUGACGCGCACUACGACGUGUUGAACAUCCUCGAGUUUAACUCCACGAGGAAGCGCAUGUCCGCGAUCGUGCGCACGCCGGAGGGUAAGAUCACGCUCUUCUGCAAGGGCGCGGACAGCAUCAUAUACGACCGCCUCGCGUACGGGAACCAAAAGUACACGGAACCGACGCAGGCGCACAUGGACGAUUACGCCGCGAGCGGAUUGCGCACGCUGUGCCUCGCGAAGAGAGACAUCCCGGAGGCGGAGUACGCCAAGUGGAACGAAGGCUACGUCGAGGCGGCGCAGGCGAUGGAGAAGAGGGACGAGAAGAUCGAAGCGUGCGCGGAGGCGAUCGAGAGAGACCUGUACCUCCUCGGCGCGACCGCGAUCGAGGAUAAGCUCCAGGACGGGGUGCCGCACUGCAUCGCGCAGCUGAUGAAAGCGGGGAUGGCGGUCUGGGUCUUGACCGGGGAUAAGCAAGACACCGCGAUCAACAUCGGUCAGGCGUGCUCGCUGAUACGACAGGACAUGGAGAUGCACGUCGUGAACGUGGACGAGCUCGUGAGGCAGGAGGCGGACCGCGAGAUCACGCGCGCGGAGUUUGACGCGCUCGCGCGCGAGAGCGUGCGGCGUCAAAUCGCGGAGGGGACGAAUAAAAUCGAAGCGUUGAAGUUCGCUCAAUCCGGGAAGGAGAUGUCGCUCGUCAUCGACGGCCGGUCGUUGUCCUUCGCGCUCGAGAAGGAGAUCGCGCCGAUGUUGUUAGACCUCGGCUGCGCGUGCACGUCCGUCGUGUGCUGCAGGGUAUCGCCGUUGCAGAAGGCGCUCGUGACGGGCUUGGUGAAGGACAGCGGUCGCACGACGCUCGCCAUCGGAGACGGCGCCAACGACGUCGGGAUGAUCCAAGCCGCGCACAUCGGCGUCGGCAUCUCCGGGCAGGAGGGGAUGCAAGCCGUGAUGGCGUCCGAUUUCGCGUUCGCGCAGUUCCGGUACUUGGAGCGUCUGCUCCUCGUGCACGGGCGGUACAACUACAAGCGGAUCGCGAAGAUGGUUACGUACUUCUUCUACAAGAACCUCGCGUUCGGUCUGUCGUUGUUUUACUUCAACCUCACGAGCCAAGGCAGCGGGCAGAUCAUCUACAACGACUGGCUCAUGUCCGCGUUUAACGUGUUGAUGACGUCGUUCCCCGUGCUCGCGUUGGGGUGCUUGGACCAAGACGUGAACCAGCGGAGUUGCCUGAAGUUCCCGCGGUUGUACAAGCAGUCGCAGAACAACGAGUGCUUCAGCACGAUCGUCAAGCUCGGCUGGGCGGCGAACGGCGUGUACGUCAGCGUCAUCAACUUCGUGUUCGUCUUCUACCUCAUCCACGGCGGCGAGGCGGACUCCAGCGCCGGCCACGUGUUCGGGCUGUGGGAAGUCGGCACGCAGCUCUACACCGGCAUCGUGAUCACGGUGAACUUACAGAUGGCGCAGAUGAUCAACUACUGGACGUGGAUCCAUCACGCGUGCAUAUGGUCCUCCAUCGCCAUAUGGUACGCGUGUAACAUCAUCCUGAGCACGACGGAUCCGUACUGGAGCACGUACUCGUACACCAUCUUCCACACGUCCGUGGGGCCGACGUCGAAGUACUGGGCCGGGAUCCCGCUUCUGGUCGCCGCGGGUUUGCUCCCGGAUCUCAUGUACCGCGGGUUGCGCCGCGCGCUCUACCCGGAGUAUCAUCAUCUGGUGCAAGAACACGAGGCGAAGCACCGCGGACGCGGCGAGUCGAAGGGGGUCUCUGCGCCCGGGGCGGAAACGGGCGACUUGGAGUCCGGCGGCGGCGGAGAUGAUGGGGCGUCGCCGCCGCGGAGGGAGAGGGACGAUCGGCUCGCGCGCGGCGGCGUCGUCGGCGUCGGGGUCGGGGUCGGGGUCACGGCGUCGCCGGUCAAGCCGGGGACGUUGACGGGCGCGACGCCGGAUCCGUCGAGCGCGCAUCACACGCCGAGGGAGGAGACGACGUCGCUGAAGGACUACCUCGAUCAGGUCGCGAGGGGCGCCGAGGAGGAUCCCGACGACGAAGGGUUCGCGUGGCGCCCGCGGCCGACGCGAGAGACGGGGAUCCGGCCGCCGUCGCAGUUUUCGAGCCGGCCUUCGAGCCGGCCGCCGUCGGGCGGGGUGAACUGACGCUCCGCUUCGUCGGCACGGGUUGCUUUGACAAUGUUUGUUUGACAUAUCACGCAUAUAGUUGUACAUGAAAUGCGUGCUAUUAAAC